AUGAACUCCGUCGACGCCACAGAGCACUACGGAACUAGUGCUCAAGGCAAGUCCCCCCUCCUCUCAAACAUCUCUCUGUAUACCAGAGACCCGAACCACCGACUAACACACUCUCCACCAGAACCCGCCCCCUCCCUCCUCACCGUGAUCUUCGACACAAACCCGCACGCCUGGGCCCUACUCGAAAACGAACUCCCCCUCUCCAAAGCCAUCGCCAACGUCCUCGUCUUCCUAAACGCCCACCUAGCAUGCAACUACGCCAACGAAGUCGCCGUGGUCGCAUCCCACAGCCAAAAAGCAACAUGGCUCUAUCCCCGCGAGAACCCGUCCUCCUCUAAGGACAAAGACGGGGACAUCAGCAUGGACAAAAACGGCAGCGACAGCAAGAAGAACGGAACCUCCGCCGGCCAAGUCAAUAAAUACCGACCUUUCCGCAUCGUCGAAGAACAAGUCACCCGGAACCUACACGACUUGAUGACUUCCACCUCCACUGCCGACAUCAAAUCCACCUCCGCGACCAUGAUGGCUGGCGCACUCACCCUGGCCCUCAGCCACAUCAACCGCCGCAGCAUCGCCUGGUCCGAAGCCCACGGCGGAGACACCUCGACCGCGGGGGAUCCAAACAGCGGCAGCAGUACCACCGGGAACACAACAACCGACUCCUCAGAAGGGGGCCUCCAAUCCCGUAUCCUGAUCAUAUCCGUCAGCGGGGCCUCCGACUCAGCGCACCAAUACAUUCCCAUCAUGAACGGGAUCUUCGCGUGCCAACGACUACACAUCCCCAUCGACGUCUGCAAAUUACGCGGCGACGCCGUGUUCCUACAACAAGCGUCCGACGCGACGCGGGGCGCAUACAUGUCCCUGACCUCCCCGCAAGGAUUACUCCAGUACCUGAUGAUGGCGUUCCUGCCCGACCAGCGCUCGCGACGACAUCUGGUUUUGCCGAGUCGAGUAGACGUGGACUUCCGGGCAGCGUGUUUCUGUCACCGGAAGGUCGUGGACGUCGGGUUCGUGUGCUCGAUCUGUUUGAGUAUUUUCUGUGAGCCGCCGGAGGGCGGCGCGUGUUUGACGUGUGGGACGCAGUUGGAGAUGGGCGAGUAUGGGAAUAAGCCGGCGUUGAUUGCGAGGAAGAAGGCGAAGAAGAAGAAGGUGAGAGGCGCGAAUGCGCCGUCCGGAUCUGCGACGGGGACGCCGACACCGACACCGACGCCGGGACCUUGA